AUGACGUCUGUUUCAAACACUUCAGCCCAAUCACAAUCUACAACCAAAACCGAAAAUGUAGCUUCGCUUCGCUCGGCAAGGAAGGUACAACGUGGUUUGGUUACAAGGAACACUAAUCGAUUGGAAAUCCUACUCUCUGAUUUUGACAACAACCACGACAAGGUGUUAGCUUUCAACGAGAUCGCCGAUCUGAAUGAACUUAUCAACGAACGACGCGCCAAACUGCAAGCCGUCGACGAGGACUUACGUCUCGCUAUGCAUCACGAGGGUGAAGAAGAGUCAACUAUCGAAAAAGAAAUGGAGGAAAGCUACGAUUAUACUGAUGAACUAUCCAUGAAAUCACGUAGAAGGCAGCGACGCAUCGACGCCAUUGACCCAUGCAGACAAGCACCGAACACAGGCUCCAGCGCCGGUUCAACUCCACGCAGCAACCCAUCAGCUAGUACGCACAGAACUGUGAAUUUGCCGAAAAUUGAAUUACCAACAUUUUCGGGCAAUGUAUUGGAAUGGAUCACAUUCUAUGACACGUACAGGUCUACAAUUCACGAUGAUAAAACACUCAGAGACAUUCAACGAUUCGCAUAUCUCAAGGGGGUAUUACGAGGAGAAGCCCUACUCUUGAUUUCAAGUUUACCGCUCACAGAAGUGAAUUACGCCCAAGCGCUCGCACUUCUCAACGAACGUUACGGACAGAAACAUAUGAUUAUUUCCGCUCACAUGGAAGCUCUAUGGCAGCUGCAGUCGCCCACUGACGAUGUUACGAGUUUACUACGCUUCAAUGACACGCUCGAGUCCCAUAUCCGCGGACUGCAAGCCCUGGGAAAAGAUGAAUCCACGUACGGCGAGCUACUAGUUCCCAUGAUACUACGUAAGUUGCCUAAUAACAUUUGCACACAAAUUGCUAGAAUCCACGGCAACAAAGCCUGGAAUAUUGUCGACCUGAGAAAAGCUAUUACUGCUGAAAUACAUGCUUUACAGGCGGGCCUGACAAAUGUCAACAAUGAAGGUCAGACUCUUGGGGGUCAAAUGUCACGACUCUCAAUAACCGCUUUUCACGCGCCUACUUCUGGGUAUCGUAAACAACGACAUGCAGUGAGACAAUGCUUAUUUUGCAAAGGUUUACAUAACCCCAGCGAUUGCACAACAAUCACCGAUCCAAAAAAGAGACUUGACAUAGUGAAGAGGGACAAAUUAUGCUACAACUGCCUUGCAAAUCACUUGGUAAGCAACUGCACUUCGAAAUUUAGUUGUAAACAUUGCGGACGGAAACACCAUUCUUCGCUUCAUUUCAAUGAUCGCCCAGCAUGGCAAACCAGCUCAAAUAUGUGUGUGAGCACUCCAGCCAGCGACAGAAACACAACGCAAGCACAGAGCAAUGAACAUUCGGCAAAUGGAUUAACCACUACACGCGCAAAUGACACACGCGUUCAUCUUUCAACUUCACAAUUUCGCCAACCUACCGGACCUGUCCUAUUAAAGACAGCCGUGGUUCCUGUUACUGCCAAAGAUGGGAACAUUAUUCAUGCCAAUGUAUUAUUUGAUGAAGGGGCUACAAGGUCAUUCGUUACUACCAGAUUUGCAGAGAAAAUCAGCAUGAAGCCCACCCAUCGAGAGACUGUCAACCUGUCAACAUUGGGUCAUCAGGACAAGUACUCAAGAACACUAUUUAAAGGUGAGAUCCAUAUGCAUACCCUGACUGGUGACAUUGUAUCUAUAGAACCUCUUGUUAUACCUGACAUAUCUAACAAUCUGACUCACCAUGUGACACCUGACUUACUUGAUUUGCCAUAUUUACGUCAUCUAAACUUGGCUCACCCUGUAUCAAUCGAUCAGUCAUUUGAUAUAGAUAUUCUAAUUGGCUUAGAUUAUUUUUGGGAGAUGGUCGGAGACCGUGUCAUUCGAGGAUCUGGACCAGUUGCUGUGAAUUCUAUUUUUGGGUAUAUUUUGUCUGGGCCUAAAAAUAAUGGCCAACCUAACUCAAAUGCUCAAGUUUUGCAUGUAAUCACAGAUACUCAGUAUGAGGAGAAAGCUAUAGCCUCAUAUUGGGACCUGGAAACUAUUGACAUAUCAGCUGACGAAUGUAAACAAAACAAUGUUGACAAACACAUUGACUAUGAAACAUACAAAACCACACACUUACGACGUGAUGGUGGUCAUUAUGUAGCUAAGUUGCCAUGGAAACAAGAACAUGAUGAACUACCUGUCAACUAUGAGGUCACUCUGAACCGCACACGCAACAUGGUACAACGCCUACCUAGUGACAUACUUCCUGUGUAUGAUAGACUAAUUCGUGAGCAAGAAUCAAAUGACUUUAUUGAGAAACUACCUACCUGUGACAAAGGUGAAGGUCACUUCCUACCACACCAUCCAGUGGCUAAACAGAGCUCCACCACACCAAUUCGCAUUGUGUAUGAUUGUAGUUGUAGAAAGUCAGCUAAAUCACCCAGUCUAAACGACUGCCUGGAUAAAGGCCCUCCCAUGUUGAAUGACUUGACAUCCAUAUUGAUUAAAUUUCGUUCGAACCCUGUUGCUAUCACUAGCGACAUAGAAAAAGCUUUCCUACAGGUGAAACUAGAACCUGAGGAGAGGAAAUUCACCAAGUUUUUGUGGCUCUCAGAUUCAGGCGAUACAGAGAGUGAGUUCGAUACAUAUCAGUUUAAAUCUGUUCUUUUUGGGGCGACACCCUCCCCCUUUAUUCUUAAUGCUGUUGUAAGAGCUCAUUUGGAUACUUACAACACUUCGGCCAUUGCCAGGGAUUUACAAAACAAUAUUUAUGUUGACGAUGUCAUUUCUGGUGUUAACAACACCAAUGAGGCUAUUGAUUACUAUACACAUGCAAAUGAAAUGAUGACGUCAGGUGGUUUCAAUUUGAGAAGUUGGUCAACCAAUGACAACACACUAAGAGAGAUUGCCACGAGCGACAACAAACAUUCUGAAGAUGUAGAAGUGGGAAUACUUGGUAUGAGAUGGAAUACUGAGACUGAUGUACUUUCAUAUAAACACGUAGAUAUGCCACCUUUGAAUCAAUUACUUACGAAGAGAGAUGUUGUAAGUGCCACAGCCAGCAUUUAUGACCCCAUUGGUUUGCUGUCACCAGUUCACAUUCAGGCAAAAUUGUUUAUUCAAUCUAUUUGGCGAUCCAAAAUUGAAUGGGAUACACCUCUUGAUGAUACUUACCUUACUAAGUGGAAAGGUAUUGCUAGUGAACUGCAUCACCUGACUGACAUUACUAUAAAUAGAAGUUAUUUUGGUGGAAACUCCAUGGAUGUAAACAAGCAAACCUAUCAACUACACUCAUUUGCUGAUGCCAGUACAUCUGCAUAUGGAGCUGUGAUAUAUAUUCGAUGUAUGGAAACUGGAGAAACUGGUAUAGUUGCUUCUAAGAACCGUGUAUCACCCACCACAGAGAUCACCUUGCCUCGACUUGAACUUUUAGCAUGCUUGAUUGGUACAAGACUAUGCAAAUUUGUUUACAAUCAUUUGAAGCCAAAACUGAACAUUGAUUCGUGUACAUUAUGGAGUGACAGUCAGAUAGCUCUGUCAUGGAUCGCAAGUGACAAACCACAACCUGUUUUCAUCCGAAACAGAACCAAGGAGAUAAAUGAGUUUAACCAAAGUUACAGAUACGUGCCUACAAAGCAGAACCCGGCUGACCUACUGACUAGAGGAAUAUCAACGAAAGAGCUGAAGUCCAGCAGAAAGUGGUGGAAUGGUCCUGAUUUCCUGGCAAAUACUGCAGAUUGGCCACAAAUCACAUACAACAUGCAUUCUAAUGUUACAAAUACUGAAAACACACUUCUACCUAUUUCUGACAUUGAUGGAGCAGUUAACAACAACAUACCUGACUUUGAUACAAAUACCACUACAUCCAUUAACAAUGUAAACAAACCAUUAACUAGAUCAGACAAGCAGACACUGUGUGACCAUAGCAUUCCCUACCCACAUACUGAUGACGCCCUAACACAACAACAGAGUCCAUUGAUCUCUGACUAUGACACAACUUGUAUGCAUAUGGGUCUGGGAAAAUUGAUGCAUCCAACCUGA